UUCAUCUUCUCAUUGGAGGUAGCAUUUUAAAGUGCUAAUUCUGAAUGGCAGUUCCUGCAAUUAAACAUGGACAGUUAGUAACCUUACACGAUUUGCAUCCAAUAUCUCCUUUCUUUAAGCAAGGAUCUUCAAUUAGAGUCACUGGAAAGCUACAAGAAUAUAAUGUGGAGACGGCCAUAGCUAUAAUUGCUGAUGGAAAUGCCAUCCUGAAGAUUGACACUCAGCACUUGAGGGACCUUAGCUUUAGAAUCGAUUCUGCUUACCAAUUCAUCGGUGAACUCUUAAUUCAACCUGAUAAUGAGGCGAUAUUGCAGGCACGUGUAGGUAGGAAUGUCGAUGGCAUUGAUCUUAAUCUUUAUAAGCAGUCUCUACAACUAUUAAGACGGUUUCAAGCUGAACGUAUUGAAAAUUCCACUUGAUAGAAAACUGAACUUUGCUUCUUUUAUGUGUAAUGUGCAUAGUAAGAUUGCUUUGUAUGUGCUCUUGGUGGAAUCUGAUGAAUAUACAACAUGUUAAAUUUAGGGGUAUGCAUUCGGUUCAAAGCCGAAACAAGCCAUAUUUUCAAACUGUGAUUUUUUGGGUUUGGUUAUUUAGGUUCAAUGUGCACUAAAAUUUUACAUGUCCAAAACCGAACUAAAUCGAAAAUCCAAAUGUUUAUAUAUUAAAUCAAACUAAAUCAAUGAUGUCGGUUUGAUUCGGUUUUUGCA